GAGAAAUAGAAGGAGAGAGUGAGGGGAAGACAAGAGAGAUUAUCAGCAGAGGAAGAACAAAAAGAAGGGGGCAAAAAAAAAAAAAGAGAGACAGAGAGGAAGCUGAGUUCUCAGUGUCUAGGAGUCCUUUGCCUCGUGUCGCUCCCAUUGUGACACUGCCAAUAGAGAAGAGGGGACGGACAUUGAUGCUCAUAGCAGCAGGAGUUUCACUUUUAGAUAGCUCAGCUAUACAGAGUUUCCGCUUCCCAACAUGCGUGCUUUAGCAGCCCAGCUUAAUACUUACUUCUUUAGAAGAAAUUCUGGGUAUUUGCGGUCUUGCAAGUUUUCAUCCUUUAAUAGAAAAGAUGAACUGUCUAUGGAAGAGGAAGCUGAAAGGAAAAUUGGAUGGUUACUGAAACUGAUUUUUGCAGGGACUGCAACAGUUGUUGCUUACCAGUUCUUCCCUUACAUGGGAGAUAAUUUGAUUCAACAGUCUGUAUCACUGUUGCAAAUCAAGGAUCCUUUGUUUAAAAGAAUGGGAGCUUCACGAUUGGCACGUUUUGCAAUAGAUGAUGAGAGAAGAAUGAAAAUAGUGGAUAUGGGUGGGGCUCAAGAGCUCUUGAAUAUGUUGGGAGCUGCUAAAGAUGAUCGCACACGGAAAGAAGCUCUAAAGGCUCUUGCCGCCCUCUCGCUCUCAGAUGGAGCUGUUGAUACUUUACAUCGAGCUGGGGGAAUCUCAGUCGUUAAGUCUAUUCCAGAUUCUAUUGAGGAUGCUGAUGUUAUGAAAUACAAGUCAAGCUUGCUGAAAAGAUUUGAAGACUUAAGAUAUCAUACACCGUCUUGAGUUGUGGUAAAGUAUUUUCGGGUUAAAAACCUUUUCUAAAUGUUGCAGGAGGCUAGAGUUUUGAGGGAUAACUCUCUUGUAUCUUUCUAUUCAAUUGAAUAAUGUUUCACUUACUAUAAAAAGUCACUAAAAGUAAGAUAAUUAUUGGGAGAUAUGAUACAUCUAAGAGACCUUAAUAUACCCACCUGAGUUAGAAUCGA